CAGCCGCACAGUUGAUUGCGAGUUUUCGAGCGAGUCGGAGCGUCCGAUGCAGCAGUAGCUCUCACAGCAAUUUACAGUUGCAUCCAGCAAAGUCUUUGGCUGUCGGCCGUUGAUUCUCGCUGCAUCUUUUGCACGUCUGUGUGUGUGUGUGUCUUUUUUUUUACUACUAUUUUUUUGUGGUUUUCAAUUCGCAAGUGCAGUGUUUGUGUGAGCAGAGUCGCAAUGCCGUUCCCCAUUCAUCCACCGAAGCAAAUGCCUUGCCCGCACUGGCAGCACUUUCCCAUCAGUCCCGUGGACAGCAAGCCGUCGCCGUUUGGCAGCAGCAACGGCGGCGGUAGCGGCGGCGGCGGCCAGAAGAGCAACUCGUCCAUGACAGCUGAGAAGCCACCGGAGCCGGUGUCCUAUCGCUACUGUGUCCAAUGCAGGGCAGCUGGCAAGGAUGUGGGCGGCAUCGACGAGGAUUGAGGGCCAUUUGUCCAUGCAUAUCUUCUUCACACACUGGCAAUGCCACGGACAACAGCAGCACCAUCCUACCAACCAAGCAACCACCCACCCACCCAACCACUCAUUCAGCACGCUCACCAGACACACAAAAAGAACCGAACCACAACCAAAUCAAAUCAAUUCACAUCGAGGCACAUCACUCCAACCUCAAGUGCUCCAACGCUAUGAGAAUGGAGCGCACAAUCUCGAGUGGGCCAGCGAUGAGUGCAAACCCCACCAUGAUUAUGAUCACUUCCAAGUUUUUGUUUUUGUUUCUAAGACUUUGUUGUUUAUAAGAAUUUCACAUUGUGUUGCCGACUGCUUGUCGUAUCUUUUGCAUUUUAUUUCACGUGCCAAUCAUAGGAACACUCCAUACAGUCAUACAGUCAUACAUAUACACACAUAUGUACAUAUACUAUGUAAUUUGUAUACAUAUACAUACAUCUAUAUCUAUAUUUUUGAAACAUUCAAAAUGCCUAAGCUAAGAUUUUGCUACGAAACUUAUUUUUUAGACUUCAGACUAUAUUUGGUAUAAAAAAAAUAAAAUAAAAUAAAAACA